AUGCUUAUUUAGUAGAAACCUCCAGGUCUCCCAGAAUUAGCUGUAUUUCUUAUUAAAUAAUUAGAAUUAUAUCAAAAAAUUUAAUAGUCUAUCGAUUAAAAAGCAGAAAAUGAAUCACAAGAUGUUGUUUCAUUUCAUCAACAAAAAAUUAGAGAGAAAAUCAAAGGUUACAAUGAAACCCCUACAAUCACGAAUUCUUAAGAUUCUUUUAAUAUUUGGAAUGAUGAAUAGCAACUCGAUGGAAAUAUCAUUGAAAACUAUACUUUGAGAUUUAGAUCAUUUGAUAAUUUCAUUUAAAAUAAUAUUUCUUAAGAUGAAAUUGCAUCAAACAUUUUAAAACUAUUAGGAAUGAAACACAAAAUGAAGAACUUAGGAAAGAUCCCAUUCUUUAAAGAACAACCAUAACAAUCGACCAAUUAUUUUGUUCCUCCGUAAAAAGCAUAUAGAUUAUUCAAAAAAAGACCCUUAAACUUUACUAGUACUUAAUAAAAUUCAAAUCAAACUUUUUAAUUAAUCAAUUCGAAGUCUAGAUUAAACUCUUUGGAGAUUUAAAAUUUGAAUCAAACUAAUUAAAGAUAGCUCAGUUCGCCUGAUAUAUUGAAGAUAAAAUUUAAACAAUUAAAGAUGAAAUGA